UUUCAACACUACUAUAUAACAAAUAAUUUGAGGGUAGCUCCAUGGUUUUAAAGGGCACGAUGCUAGCGUGCAUCAUACUGCUAUGCCUUCAAGGGGUUCUUUUCGCAGAUUGCCCAGCUGGAAGCUUCAUGUCAGCUGACGGCUGUGAGGAAUGCGGAGUUGACCAUUACAGUGCUGCAGGAGCUACAUCCUGCACCCCCUGUCCUGGCGGCCAGUUAUCACAAAAGGGAUCUGAUUCUGUGAACGAUUGUUAUGAUGAGAAAGAUGCUACUGGCGAGGAAGUGGUUUAUCAAUUAGAUAAAGUCACUGUAAAAGAGUACUUUACUAAAAAGGGUGCGAUUGUAGAGGAGGGUCCAACCGAAAUCAUUAACAAAGGGUUCGUAUGUCCGGAGGGACAAACAAAGUGUGGCGAUAUUGACGAAUGUGUUCCCAACAGUGGUCUGUGUAAUGGAGGUCCUGCGUGUUCAAAUGGCUUUGAUGAAUCAGCGGAGUUUUGCACAGGUUUUGAAUGCCCCGUUGAACAGCAAAAGUGUGCGGACGGAAUCCAGUGUUUUCCUUCAUCUGGAAAAUGUGAUAAAUUUAAAAUUCCUCACUGCAACGAUAAGUCCGACGACCUGGGCUGCGCUUGUAAAGAAAGCGAAAUGGUGUGUGCUGACGGAAAUGGAUGUGCCUCCUUACAGAAAAAGUGCGAUGGUGUCACGCAAUGUGCUGACGGAUCCGAUGAGAGCCCCGACAUUUGCUUUGUUUUGGGUGUAUGCGGGAUCGGGACGAAAAAGUGCGCCAGUGGUGACCAGUGUGUCGCUAAAGGGACAACGUGUGACGGUAGUACCCAAUGUCUCGACGGAUCGGAUGAAGAUCCGGUUUUCUGUAUAACCUACGAGUGUCAGGAUAACCAAAUAAAGUGUGAUGGUAACAAAUGUCUGUCCCGAUGGAACCUGUGUGACUCGGAGCCAGACUGUAAGGACGGUUCGGACGAAGAUCCUGCCUUCUGUGCUGCCUACGAGUGUCCGGCAGCCAAAAAGAAGUGUGCGGACGGUAUGCAAUGCGUUCCUAAGAAACUCUUCUGUAAUGGUAAAGAAGAGUGCACCGACGGGUCAGAUGAGUCCGAGGAAGAAUGCGCAGAGGAAAAAGGAGGAGGAAAAUCAGAUAUCGAGCGCCGAAAAGGAAAAGGGAAACAAACAAUUGAAAAGGGUGAAAGAGUUAAAGAAGUGACGGAUCAAGAAAGCCGAAGGGGGCCACCAGAGCCAGUAGACCCAGAGCCAGUAGUUCCAGUAGACCCAGAGCCAGUAGUCCCAGAAGACCCAGAGCCAGUAGUCCCAGUAGACCCAGAGCCAGUAGUUCCAGUAGAUCCAGAGCCAGUAGUCCCAGUAGAUCCAGAGCCAGUAGUUCCAGUAGACCCAGAGCCAGUAGUUCCAAUAGACCCAGAGCCAGUUGUCCCAGUAGACCCAGAGCCAGUAGUCCCAGUAGAUCUAGAGCCAGUAGUCCCAGUAGACCCAGAGCCAGUAGUCCCAGAAGACCCAGACCCAGUAGUCCCAGUAGACCCAGAGCCAGUAGUUCCAGUAGAUCCAGAGCCAGUAGUUCCAGUAGAUCCAGAGCCAGUAGUUCCAGUAGAUCCGGAGCCAGUAGUUCCAGUAGACCCAGAGCCAGUAGUCCCAGUAGACCCGGAGCCAGUAGUUCCAGUAGAUCCAGAGCCAGUAGUUCCAGUAGAUCCAGAGCCAGUAGUUCCAGUAGAUCCAGAGCCAGUAGUCCCAGUAGAACCAGAGCCAGUAGUUCCAGUAGAUCCAGAGCCAGUAGUCCCAGUAGUCCCAGUAGACCCAGAGCCAGUAGUCCCAGUAGAUCCAGAGCCAGUAGUCCCAGUAGACCCAGUCCCAGUAGUCCCAGUAGACCCGGAGCCAGUUGUCCCAGUAGACCCAGAGCCAGUUGUCCCAGUAGUCCCAGUAGACCCAGUCCCAGUAGUCCCAGAUGGUAAGAAGACCUGCGACUGCUGGACUCCAGAAUGUGGUUUCUGUUCAAACCCAGAAUGCUCUGUCAAGCUGAUUGGCGGGCUUGCCGGCUCUAAAGGUAUUGGAGUACGCUCCUUCCUCCACAAUAGAAAAGUCAAGACCAUCGUCAUGUAUAAUGAUGAUGGAGAUUCAAUCGGACAGUUCGAGUGGAGUUUGAAAAGGAUCUCCAUGUCCGGCUGUUUCCGCUGUCAGACACCUGAAGGAAUAAGGGACAAGGUUAAGGGACUUCCUGUCGGAACUGUUGGCUGGAGCUUUGCCAUCAACGAUGGAAUUGUUGAGCUUAGUGUUGAGGGUGAGAUCUUGUACACCUCGAAGCUGACAAGAAAAUGCGCGGAGGUAUACAGAGACGUGAAGAGCUUCUCCUUCACCGGAAUGAGCUGCAAGAGCUCGUUUGCCUACGCUUCUAAGGAAAUGAAACUUGCAACUAUCUGUGGUGGAGCUGAUAAAUGCCCCGCCAACGCAUAAUUAGUACAGUUAAUGCUAAUUAACGUGUUUUCAGUGG